AAGAAAAUAAUAGACAGAUAAAGCCCAAUGCGAUAUCCUAUAAAUUCCUAAACCCUAAGUGAUUCGGUCUCUGAAGGAGGCAGACACCAAGAGUAUUCUCAAGAAACUCCAGUAUCACAUCCAUCUCCUCAAAGGUAAAAAAUGGUGAAGCAUAACAAUGUUAUCCCCAAUGGUCACUUCAAGAAGCAUUGGCAAAACUAUGUGAAAACAUGGUUUAACCAACCUGCUCGCAAAACCAGGAGACGUGUUGCUCGUCAAAAGAAGGCUGUGAAAGUUUUCCCUAGGCCAACAUCAGGACCUCUUCGCCCUAUUGUUCAUGGGCAAACCCUCAAGUACAACAUGAAAGUCAGGGCAGGCAGGGGUUUCUCUCUAGAAGAACUCAAGGGUGCUGGAAUUCCCAAAAAGCUUGCUCCUACUAUUGGUAUUGCUGUGGACCACAGGCGUAGAAACAAGUCAUUGGAAGGGCUACAAACCAAUGUUCAGCGUCUUAAGACAUACAAGGCCAAACUGGUUGUCUUCCCAAGGCGUGCAGGCAAACCUAAGAACGGUGACUCUACUGCUGAGGAGUUGGCAUCAGCUACUCAGGUAACUGGUGACUUCAUGCCCAUCACCCGUGAGAGGCCAGAAAUUGAGCUUGUGAAGGUGACAAAGGAGAUGAAGUCUGUCAAAGCUUACCAGAAGCUUCGUUUGGAACGUACCAACAAGCGACACAUGGGAAAGAGGUUGAAGAGAGCAGCUGAGGCAGAGAAGGAGGACAAGAAGUAGAGCCUGUUUAUGCCAAACCCAGUUGAAGAAAUAGUCUUUAGUGGUAGAGUAUUUCGAAGAUCUCUUCUUGGUUGAUUGACAUUGUCCAGGAGAUGGACUUCUUAAUUUUGCUUAGACAUUGCAUAAGUUAUGUUAAUGCAGUUUGUACUUCAAAUACUACCGUUCCGUUUAUUUUGUGUUUGGAAAAUUUUUGGUUAGCUCAUAUAUGACAUGGUUAUUGCUAGUUUUCUAUUA